GGUAGUUCAAAAAUUAAGAAAAGAGAGAGAGAUGGAGAGUUCAGCGUCAGAAAUUAGAAGUCCCCUACUGGUAGAGUCAAGUAGAGAUAGAUGGUGGAAAAGGGCAAUGGACUUGGACUUGGAAGAAGCGAAGCAUCAGAUACUGUUCGCCUUACCAAUGAUUCUCACCACCGCUUCUUUCUAUUUCAUCCCUCUCGUCUCCGUCAUGUUCGCCGGCCACCUCGGACAGCUUCCGCUCGCCGCCUCUAAUCUCGCCAACUCUUGGGCCGUCGUCACCGGCCUCUCUUUCAUGGUUGGCCUAAGUGGUGCACUUGAGACAUUAUGCGGACAAGGAUACGGUGCGAAGUUAUACAGAAUGAUGGGGAUUUACCUCCAGACAUCAUCCAUCAUAACAUUUUUUUUCUGCGUCAUUGUUGCCAUUAUUUGGUGUUUUUCUGAUUCCAUUUUGAUUUUACUACAACAAGAACCUCAAAUAGCACAUUUGGCCGGCUUGUACUUAAAAUUUCUAAUACCUGGACUGUUUGCCUACGGUUUUUUACAAAACUUGUUGAGAUUUUUGCAGACGCAAACGGUUGUUAUACCGUUGGUUGUGUGCUCAAUGGUGCCAUUAGUAAUCCACAUUGGAAUCACUUAUGUCUUGGUUCGACUAACGAGUCUGGGUUACAAAGGAGCACCGUUGGCGGCUUCUAUUUCAUUGUGGAUCUCGUUCCUUAUGUUAGGCACUUAUGUUAUGUUUUCGGAGAAAUUCAAGUAUACUUGGGAGGGAUUUUCAUCGGAGUCGUUUAGACAUAUCUGGACAACUUUGAAGUUGGCUCUGCCCUCUGCUGCUAUGGUGUGCAUGGAGUAUUGGGCUUUUGAGCUUCUGGUGUUGUUGGCAGGCAUUAUGCCAAACUCGGAAAUAACAACUUCAGUUGUUGCCAUGUGUGUGAAUACAGAAGCCAUUGCAUAUAUGAUCGCAUAUGGUCUUAGUGCAGCUGCCAGCACUAGAGUCUCCAACGAGUUAGGAGCCGGAAAUCCUAACCAGGCUAAGCACGCCAUGUUUGUUACUCUCAAAUUGUGCAUUCUUUUUGCUAUUGCAACCGCCUCCGCUCUAAUUUUUGGUCACGACGUAUGGGCUGGUCUCUUUAGCGAUAGCUCGCUUGUAAUAUCAAAUUUUGGUUCAAUGACGUACCUUCUAGUUACAUCUUUCAUAUUCGAUUUUGUCCAAGGAAUCUUAUCAGGGGUAGCUAGGGGAUGCGGUUGGCAGCACUUAGCUAUGUGCAUAAACUUGGCAACGUUUUAUUUCAUUGGAAUGCCAAUUGCUGCACUCUUUGCUUUCAAGUUGAAACUCUAUGCUAAGGGCUUAUGGAUUGGGUUGAUCUGUGGUCUGGUCUGUCAAUCGGCGGGUUUGUUGAUGCUUUCCAUCUUCACCAAGUGGAACAGAGUGGACCUCUCAACUAAUAAUGAAAAACCAUCAUUGGCUUAACUCAAGUGUGAGGUUUCCUAGCUGCAUGGGACUAUGAGGUUCCAAUUCUUUGUUGAAAAAUUUAUUGAAAAACUACUAUUCAUAUGAAUGUGAUUUACUUUUAAUGUGAUUAUUUGGAGUAGUGGGGUAUGUAAUAAUCACAGCAGGGUUAGAUGAUUGUUAAGAAUUUAUAAUUGUGAGGUAUUUUAAAUAUUAGGUGCACUUAGUAUUGAUGCUCAGUAUACAAUUUACUUGCACAUGUACAUGUAAUACAUUUUACUUACACUUAUGCACCUAUUUUGACCACCUAUUUUGACUUA